AUGGCGUCUGGACCAUUGGACUCGCAGCCCGCCGAAGCCGCCGGCGCCGGAACUCCUGGGGAGCUUGUUGUCAACCUCCAGAUUCUGUCCCCGUCCGUGGGCGUUAAUCGCCCGCUUCUGUUUCCCGACCUGCCGGCUGUGACAACAAUCAAGCAGCUUAAAGACAGAAUUCGCCAAGCGCUUCCUCUGCGACCAGCCGAUGAAAACCAGCGCCUGAUCCACCGAGGGAGAGCUCUGUUGCGCGAGUCGGACAACUUGCUAGACGUCUUUGGCGCCGAUGCUCUUCGAAUCCCCGAACGGCAAACCAUUCACCUCGUCGUGCGGGAACUCACCGAUAGCCAUUCGUCGAGUCCUGCGCCUACAACCGCCCGAGGUCCGAGUCCUGCGUCCACCGCUCACACUCCAGCUCCAACGGCGCAGCAUGCUGCUCAGAUUUAUUUCGGACCGCCACCCCCCCCUGGGCUUGCCAGGAGGACGCAUUCCCAGCCUGCUACGCCCGGAGGCCACAAUGCCCGGAUACCUUCCCCUGCCUUGGCCCAACAACAACAGCAACAGCAACCUCCUCACCCCAACGCCGAUCCCGCCGCUGUUUUCCAACAACACCACCAAAACAUGAACAACUGGCUCAGCCACAUGCAACGAGACGGCGCUGCGACCAGGGCUAUAGUCCAGCAGCACCAACUAGGAAGGGCUCACAUGGGGAUGCGAGGCAUUGGAGAUUCGGCUGGAGCCCCCAGCCAUUCUGGGGCCAACUCGGUAGCUCCCAAUAGUGGCCGGGCUAGUCCGGCAGCAACUCAAACCGUCUACCGUGAGACCGUUGGGCCUAAUGGGCAUAGCUACCACCUUGAAACGGUCAUCCGGUCUGGAACACCAGGCCAACAAAACGGGCUUUCCUUCGCCGAUGUUCAAAAUAUCCUGCGAGGGGCAGACGCCAACCAAGCUACGGCUACAAUAACAAAUGCCAUGCAGAGAAGUGCCUCCGGAGCCUCCAUACACGGCAGGCCGUUGAACCAGCCUGGCAUCACCACCCCUAUACUUGGUCCCCGUGCCUCAACCACUGGCAGCGGACGUGCCACACCUGAUUCGAGCACAAGAUUUGGCUUGGGAGCCGGCCACUUCGCAGUUUCUACGGGAGCCCAGGGCGGCCCGUCGUGCCAUGGUGCGGAUCUCUAUAUGAUUUCGUCGCCCCAAGGGCCUCGUGCCCUCUUGAUGAGAAACCAUACUGCCGAGAUGUACUACACUCCUAGUCGGACGGUAUUCCAGAACAGCAUGCCUCCCUUCCGGGUUCCGGCUGGCUACGCCAACCCCGUCUAUCCUGCCAUACAACAUCAGACACCUCAGAGUAACUACCAGCAACACCCACCGCAACAACAACAGCAGGGGCCAGAACAGCAACACCGGGGCGACCAGGCCCACGCUCCGCCGGCCGGACAGGGCGCCAUGCACCCAGCAAACCCUCCAGCCGCAGGUCUGCCGCCCCUCUUGUUGCAGGCCUGGCCCCAUAUAUGGCUAGUUUUCCGCUUAGCCCUGUUUGUUUGGCUUUUCACGUCUCCAAACUCCAGCUGGUCGAGGUGGUUUACGGUUAUAUGCCUUGCCAUUCUCGUGUUUCUCCUAAGCACAGGAAUUUUAAAUGGCGUUGCCGAGAAUGCUUGGCGGCCUAUUGGCAGACAUUUGGAGAAUCUUCUUCCUACUCCCGAACAACAUGUCCGUAGACAGCAACUACCGGCUGGCCACGCAGGCCCUCCGGAGCAGCAGCCUCUUGUUCAGGCAGGUGAAACAAACCCAGCACAGAUGGCAGCGAGGUUGAUGGCUGAACGACGACGUCAAUCUUGGUUUACGGCCCAAGUACGUCGAAUUGAGAGGGCUGGACUUCUAUUUCUCGCAAGCAUUGCCCCAGGAGUGGCGGAAAGACACAUAGCAAACUUGGAAGCAGAGACACGCGCCGAGGAAGCGCGGAGGCGUGAAGAAGAGGAGGCGGCGGCGGCCACAGAAGCAGAAAACAAUGCCAGUUCAGGAGAUACGAGCCAAAUAAUCAAUGAGUCUGGUGUCGAGAACCAGACGCAGGAAGGGACCACGCAUGGAAAUGAAAGACAAGAGGAGCCCCGUGGUGAUGUUGACGCGGAUGGUGUCGGAGAAGACCUGAUUGCUUUGUAG